GACAGGGCGAGGCCCCAACGGCCUUGGUGGCCCCGCGCGGCGGGAGCGCGGGAGCGCGGCGGCGGGUGACUGGUGCCCUACGGGGCGGGUCCAGCCGGGCGGGCGGUGACCUGGGCAGUCCAGCUCCCCGGAGCCUCAGAACUCUCAGGCGCAGCGCAGGUUAACAAUCAAGAAAUACAAACCACAUGUAGCUGUUUCUUAACAUGGAGAACCAAACUCAUAAUACAAUGGGGUCUUGUUUAUGCCUCUGGUGUGGCACAGCAUUUGAUGUGCAGGAUAGGGUGUGUGAGCCACCAUGGAAAUCUUAGAUUACACUGCAUGAAGGCUACUAACUGAGGCACGUAAAGCUUCCCCUUGUGAAGCUGAGCUUCAAGAAUUAAUGGAACAAAUUGACAUCAUGGUAAGCAACAAAAAAAUGGACUGGGAACGAAAGAUGCGGGCUUUGGAAACACGAUUAGAUCUUCGAGAUCAAGAGUUGGCAAAUGCACAAACUUGCUUGGAUCAGAAAGGCCAAGAGGUGGGGUUACUGCGACAGAAAUUGGACAGUCUGGAAAAAUGUAAUUUAGCCAUGACUCAGAAUUAUGAAGGACAACUACAAACCCUAAAAGCUCAAUUCUCCAAACUAACAAGUAGCUUUGAAAAACUGAGAUUACACCAGAUGAAGCAAAACAAAGUCAGACGAAAAGACUCACCACACAAGGAAGAGAUGCCCUUUGAAAUGAGCAAUUUGAACCAGAAACUGGAGGAAUUUAGAGCAAAAUCAAGAGAAUGGGACAAGCAAGAGAUACUAUAUCAGACUCACUUGGUUUCUUUAGAUGCUCAACAAAAAUUAUUAUCUGAGAAAUGUAAUCAAUUCCAGAAACAGGCACAAAGUUACCAGACUCAAGUAGACGGUAAAACACAGAGCAUAGAAGACAACAGCUGUGAAAUUCCUCGCUUGAUAUGUGAACCAGAUCCCAGCUGCGAAACCAACGAAAGAGAUGAAUUCAUUAUUGCAAAACUAAAAUCAGCUGUGAGUGAAAUAGCACUAAGCAGGAAUAAAUUACAAGAUGAAAAUCAGAAACUCCUGCAAGAACUGAAAAUGUACCAAAGACAGUGCCAGGUCAUGGAAGCAGGACUCUCAGAGGUGAAAAGUGAGUUACAGUCACGUGAUGACCUCUUGCGCAUUAUAGAGAUGGAAAGAGUGCAGUUACACCGAGAACUAUUAAAAGCAGGAGAGAACCAAAACACUCAAGAAAACAAAAAAAGACUUGAAGCAUCUUAUUCACCUUCUAUUAAAGAACCAGAAAGGAAAAGGAAAGAGCUGUUUGUCACGUGCCCAGAUCAAUCAAAUCAUGAAAAAGAAUUAAACAAGAUAAGAAGCCAACUCUAUCAGGAGGAAGAGUACCGCAGUUGUGAGCAGGAAAGAAUGCGGAAUGAAAUCUGUGACCUAACAGAGGAACUCCAUCAGAAGGAGAUCACUAUAGCAACUGUCAUGAAGAAAGCGGCCCAUCUGGAAAGACAGUUAAAAAUGGAAUUAGAAAUAAAAGAAAAGAUGUUGGCAAAACAACAGGUCUCAGAUAUGAGAUACAAAGCAAUCAGAACAGAAAACACACAUCUGAAAGGAAUGAUGGGAGAUUUGGACCCUGGACGGUAUCUGAGUAUGGAUUUCACAAACAGGGAACAUUCAAGGCAUUCAUCUAUCAACAAACUGGAAUAUGAGAACGAAAGGCUUCGGAAUGAUCUUGCAAAACUUCAUGUCACUGGAAAAUCAACAUGGACUAAUCAAAACAGCUAUGAAGAAACAGGAAGAUACUCCUAUCAAGGCCAGAUAAAAAUGGAAAAAAAUGAAGACAGACUUAGCCAAGAUUGUGAGCCAAAGAGAAGCACAACACCUCCAUUCCUGUCUCUGAGUUUUCCAACCAAAGAAAUGACAAGCCCUUUGGUCAGUGAUGAUGAAGUAUUACCACUGUCUCCCCCAGAUAUGUCCUUCCCAGCUUCUUUGGCUGCACAGCAUUUCCUUCUGGAAGAAGAAAAGCGAGCAAAAGAACUUGAGAAACUUCUCAAUACACAUAUUGAUGAACUGCAAAGACAUACAGAAUUUACUCUUAAUAAAUACACCAAGCUGAAACAAAAUAGACACAUAUGAGCUUUUAAAGUUUUUUUAUUUGCUUCCGCCACCCCAAGGAAAAAAAAAAGCUCUGACAAAAUAUUUACAAAGCUGAUUCAUGAAACUGAAUUAUUUUUUGUUUUCCCAAGUAAAUAAUUUCUGCGAAGUAUCUACAAAAUAGUGUUUUGUUCAAAAGCUAUUUGUAUUUCUACAUUAACAAACUAAAUUGUUUUUGCUGCAGAGUUACUACUGUACAAUAAACAUGACUACUCCAAAAGAGGUUUUUCCAGCCUAAGGAAUAUUUUGGAAUUAGAUAUGCAAUUUUCCCCACUAGAAUCAUGCAUGCCAAAAACCCAUUUCCUCUGCAGCAAUGCAAAAU